GAAUGGAAAAAUGGUUGGGAAGGCCAUUAAUGCAGCAAGCACACAUGCUUCCACUCCUCAGAAGAACCUCCUCACUACUUCCCUCAAUCUUCUCUUCCCUAACCCCUCAUUCCUCAUCUCCACUCCCACUUUCUCUCUCUAAACUCGUCUUCAUGGAAAUCCCCAAUUCGGGGCUUUCCGGGAGGCUCGUGGUUUUGGCCCAACAGUUGCGCCUCUACAAGCCGCCGCCGACAUCGGAUGAUGACGAGGAGGAGGAGCAGAGGAUUGAGGAGAGCGCAGAGAAAGUGGUUGCGAAGGUGGGAUUCCCGGAAUCCGCAACUUCGGCGGCGCCUGCCGAGCGGUUCAGCCCGAAAAGGGCGGCGGUUCUGAUCUGCCUCUUCGAAGGGGAUGCUGGAGAGCUUAGGGUUAUUCUCACUAAGCGAUCGUCGCAGCUCUCUACUCAUUCUGGUGAAGUCUCAUUGCCCGGAGGGAAAGCGGAAGAGGCGGAUGCUAAUGAUGCUGAGACAGCAACGAGGGAAGCAAAAGAGGAGAUAGGGCUGGAUCCUUCACUUGUUAAUGUGGUUACUUGCCUUGAACCAUUCUUAUCCAAGCACCUCCUCAGGGUGAUUCCUGUUAUCGGCAUACUUUCCAACAAGAAAGACUUUAAUCCUUCCCCAAAUGCCGCUGAAGUGGAAGCUGUUUUCGAUGCUCCCUUGGAAAUGUUCCUCAAGGAUGAGAAUAGAAGAUGUGAAGAACGAGUGUGGAUGAGCGACAAGUAUCUGAUCCACUAUUUUGAUUAUGAAAUAGACAACAAGAAGUAUGUCAUUUGGGGUUUAACUGCCGGAAUUUUGAUUAGAGCAGCUUCGAUCGUGUAUCAGAAGCCACCUGCUUUUACAGAGCAAAACCCCAAAUUCAAAGUUCCAAGUGGUGUGCUGAAAGAUACUACCUUGCCUUAAGAUAGCCAGAUAUGUUCAUAUACUACCCCCCGUUGUGAAAAAGCAAUCUAGAUUGGAUUCUCACAAACAUUUCCUACUAAGCAGUAUUCUUAAUCGCUCAAAUAUUCCUAUUUCAUCAUUCAAAUAAUAUACCUGAAACAAGCUAGAGUUUUGAUCAUGUAUUGGUGAGCUGUAAACUGAGGGAAUCAAUGCUAGCACGGGUUAAAUAAGUUUGGGAGCAUACUUACCAGAAUGCUUCUGAUAAGAACGAACCUAUGCAAUUGCGUGAACAUGAUGGAUCUUUGUAGAGUGACAAUGGUUUUAGCUACAGAGAAGCCGGUUGGAACUAUGAGGUUUGCACCACUAUACAAAUCAGCUGAUCACUGUUCUGUUGUUGAAUUUGAAGAACUCAGUACCUCUUACAUUGAUGUUAGAAGUUGAGAAAUGAUUAGUUUUAGGUGUUGGGGUGGCACGACUAGUUAAAAACAUCCAUUUGUUAGCAAAUCGCAAAUUUGAUGACAAAGGUAUGCUUUGUUGUAUUUGUGGACCAAAAACUGCUUAAUUCGCGUAAAGUAAGCUGUUAUCGAAGUUAUGUUAUGAAGCAAUUUUCUUGAUUA